AUGACAUUGUCAUCCCAACCAUUGCCUAGGUAUUUUAUGCGCCCCUACCGCGGCAAAAUCACCCCAAGAACACCUUCUUGUCCCCAAAGCACCCAAGCCCAAUCCCUCCUACAACCCUUUGUGUUGUCUUGCUUCAGCCAACCCCCAAAGCCCCUGCAUCCGUCCAGCGCCUUCAUCUCUGCCGCCGUCUCCGCCCUCCAGACCGCCAGGAUCUCAGUAGUCACCUCCCACCCUGACUGCCAAAAAGCUGUGCUUGCUAACCCAACGGCUUCCAAUUUGGUGCCCCUGCCCACCGGGCCGCCACUGAAGGCCUACAACUUUGCCCUACCUGUAACCAGAAUGCCCAGUCCAGGAUGCCUUUGCAAAACCAUGCCAACCUCCCCUUGCAAAGGCAACGGCUCCACCCUCACCCUUGAACGCCUCACAUUCAAUCAUCUGCGUAAGACCUCUCCCGGCGUGUUGGAAGACCUCCCCCGCAUUAAUCCUCACAAUUCUGAUAGUUGCCAUCUCCAGGCCCAACGUCAACCUUUGCUUUGGCCGCUCACCACGCAGCCUCAACCCCACCCAGACUCAGAUUGGAGUUGGCAAAAACACCACAAACACAAGCUCCACCACUACUUCAACACACUUGCCCAACACCCCCUCUCCUCCAAUAGGAAGCUACCAAGAUCGUCCAGGAUAACUUCCAGCGCAAGCGCAAGCUUCUCAUUUGUUCACCUCAAGAAUCCAAGAUUGAACGGCCAUACAUCCGUUGCCGUCCCCGCUAAGUCGUUGGCCACCCCAGCCAAGCACCCAGAGCCAAAGGAGAGCAAGAGUUUAUCAGUCCAUGUUGGCAUCCAUCCAGCACGUGAUGUUGGACCAGAGCAUGUACACCAACGCCCCAGAGGCGGCCAGCCCUCCUCAGCCCGCGAGAUGUGGGUCGUUUCAUCGCCCCCAGCACUGCUGCAGGAAAUUCCACUGAGCCUGACUUUCAACAAGUUUUCAAGCAUCCGGACCCGCAAGGCGUUAGAGGAGGAGCUCGGGCUGAGCGCAGGGGACGCCGAGGCCGUGAAGCGGCGCACCAGCACUUCAAAGACAACAGCGGCAACGCAGUCCUGCACGAACUCGCCUACCCAUCCGCAGCCUCUCUGUCUCACUGCCCCCCAAACCCCCUUGCCCAACAACUCACCGGCCCCAGUAUCCGCUCUCGUUGUCCCUGCAAACCUUGCCCACAGUCCCACCAUCAUCCAUUUCCCCGCCCCCUCCUCUGUUCAUCCCAUGUUGCGCCCGGGCAAAGACAACCCUUCCCCACAUUGCAAGCGGCACAAUGUGAAUGUUGACAACCCUCACAUCAUGCGCGUGCUUGGAUAG